UGUUCGGGUGUUCCGGGAAGCGUAAUCUUUAUCUUAGUCUUUGAUAGAAGAAUAGGAGCCUUGAGGGAACAGCAUGUACCAGAGGGUGGGCAGCAGUUUGGGUCAUGGUAGGUCCUAGGACACUAUGGUCAGGAAGAAGCGAUCAGACCGAAGAGCCAGGCUUCUAAGCAAGGAAGGACCAGUGGAAAAUGAAAACCUCAGACUUGUAGAAGAGAAUGACUUUCUUGCUGAAUAGGGCUGAGGUCAGGGCUAUUUGCCUGGUGAGACACAGAAACCCUCAGCGAGAGCCCUGAGAAAGGAAAGCAGAGGGGCAGGAGGUGAUAGGAUUCCAGAGGAAGAUAGAUGAAGACUGAAAGAAGAGUCCGAAGAUAAGAUCACAACCCAGGCAGGGCUAGGAAAGCCAGGAGAAGUGAAGUCCCAUGGUGUCCAUCCUCCAUGUUUGCCUCCACUCCCUCCUGCACUCAUGCUUGUACCUUCGAUGGUAUGACGAGGAGUUGCUGCAGAGGAGAAGAUGAAUUCUUGAAGUGUUUAGGACUGAUGUAUGUCUGGGCUCUGACACCAACCUCUGCAUCAGUGCCCUGAUUCAGACCCUCGUUGCAAACCUGCCCACUUUAGUAGCCAGGAGAACUUGGAUGAAGUUUGGAGCUUAGGUGCUGACUGAGCCCAAGGGUAGAGCCACCAAUUAGAUAGCCAAGGAAGACGUAGGUGCCCAUAUGGCUCCUAUAGCAUACUCCUGGAAAAAUCACUUAAGUCUCUGUGUCCUCUUGCUUCUGGGGACAGUCUCUAUGCCUGAGAGACUGAGGUCGGCAGUCUGUUUGUUGUAUCCUCUGAGCCACCCCCCCACCCAUCAAGUCUGGGUUGCAGAUCCCCACCCUAGGGCAUGACUUCUUCUGAUUGCUUUGUCUUGAACUCCUGGGAGUUCCCCAUCCCUCCCAGGGUAGUUUGAAGAAGUCACUUUCCAUCUGUUAAAUGGGAGCUAGGGACCUGACCCAGGCAGAUAAGGUAUCCUGAGGUAGACCUCUUUUAAGAGCUUUUCCUUCCAGGUUAUAGGGAAUGGCCGGGCACCCAGAGGCAACCUGGGUGUGGAGACUGAUUUCAGGAGGCCACCAAAAGUCCCCACUGGAAUCUUAACUGCCCUCCCCUCCAAGAUUAACUGAAACUUGCUAAUUGUGGCAACCCUCACAUGUUCCCCUCCCCCACCGCCUCUUCCUCUCACCCCUCCCCCUUUCAUCAGAAUGAUAAAGAAAGGGCCUGGCCUGACUGUCCCAGCAUGGCCUCGGGCUGGGACCCAGCCUCAACACACAGUCCGUCUACCCUGAGCCCUCGGUUAGGCCAGGCCCCAGCCCAGGGCUGCCUUCCUUGCAUGGGGCCUUGCAACAACUCUCAUCUGAGGCCUCCAGAGGCAGAGUCUCCUUCAAAGACCCUCAAGAGGAGGAAGAAGAGAUACCUACGGCAUGACAAGCCCCCUUACACCUACCUGGCCAUGAUCGCCUUGGUAAUUCAGGCUGCACCCUUCCGGAGGUUGAAGCUGGCCCAGAUUAUCCGUCAGGUCCAGGCAAUGUUCCCCUUCUUCAAGGACGACUAUGAGGGCUGGAAGGACUCCAUCCGCCACAACCUUUCCUCUAACCGGUGCUUCCAUAAGGUGCCCAAGGACCCUUCAAAGCCCCAGGCCAAGGGCAACUUCUGGGCGGUGGACGUGAGCCUGAUCCCAGCGGAGGCGCUGCGCCUUCAGAACACUGCCUUGUGCCGGCGAUGGCAGAACCGGGGUGCACACAGAGCUUUCGCCAAGGACCUGAGCCCCUACGUGCUCCACGGCAAGCCUUAUCGGCCACCCAGUCCCCCUCCUCAGUCCAGGGAGGGUUUCAGCAUCAAGUCACUACUAGGGGACCCUGGGAAAGAAUCAACGUGGGCCCAGCAGCCUGGGCUAGCUGGACAGAGCAGCCCAGCUCAGGCAGGCACCUGGUCUACGAGGGAAGAAGGGGUGUGCACUGUGCCCUCUAACUCCUCCUCUGAGAAGCCUCUGUGGCCCCUCUGUUCCCUUCCAGGGCCCACAGGAGUAGAAGGGGAGAGUUCCCAAGGGGAAGUCAUCAGGCCUUCUCCCCUUUCCACAGAGCAAAGCACCUGGCCCCUCCACUUACUUCAGGGUUCCCCAGAUCCCACGGGAAUGUCCAGGAGGGGGAGCAGAGCUUCCUUGUGGGGACAGCUACCCACCUCUUAUUUGCCCAUCUACACUCCCAAUGUAGUAAUGCCCUUGGCCACACUACCGCCCACCUCUUGUCCCCAGUGCCCAUCUUCAACCAGCCCAGCCUACUGGAGCGUAGGAACUGAAUCUCAAGGGUCCCGGGACCUCCUCUGUGAUCUAGAUUCCCACUUUCAGGGAGCACCACCCAACAAGAGCAUCUAUGACGUGUGGGUCAGCCACCCUUGGGACCUGGCUGCUCCUGCCCCAGCCUGGCUCCUUUCCUGGUACAGCCUUUGAUAUUUCAGGGCAGACAGGGGCUGCUUCUUUCUUCCACCCAUAAAUAUCAUUUUGAUAAAGAACCAGAGCUAGGAGCAUGUCGACAGCAACAGCUUUAAAACACCAGGCACAGCC